AUGGAUUUUAGUUGUCCAAUCAUCUUCCUCGUCUUACUUUUUUUUGUCCUUGUUUCUUUUGUUUGUCCUAUUUAUUCUUCAGAAAUAAGCAAACAUCAAUUGGUCAAUCAAACUACUCAAUCCAAGGAAGAGUUUUACAAGUUGAAGAAGGCAAUAAAAACUCAUCUGCAACAAAUCAAUAAGCCUGGAGUUAAGACAAUUCAAAGUCCGGAUGGUGAUAUCAUAGAUUGUGUUUUGACUCAUGAACAACCAGCUUUUGAUCAUCCUUUAUUGAAAGGACAAAAACCAUUAGAUCCUCCAGAAAUACCUAUAGAUGAUCAUAAUCAAAUGAAUAAUUUUAGUGACAUCUUUCAAUCGUGGACCUUAUCUGGUGAAUCAUGUCCUGACGGAACAAUUCCAAUUAUAAGAACUAAAGAACAAGACAUUUUAAGAGCCGGCUCAAUUAGUCGAUUCGGAAAAAAAUUCGUCAAUGAUGAUAGACACGAUCAUGCAAUUGGGUUUGUGAAUGGGAAUUUCUAUGGAGCAAGGGCUUCCUUAAACGUGUGGACACCAAAAGUGGAAAAUCAAGGAGAAUUCAGCUUGGCUCAAAUAUGGGUCCUCUCUGAUGAUCGAAAUGUUGAAAACACCCUUGAAGCUGGUUGGCAGGUCUUUCCACAUCAUUACGGGGACAACCGACCAAGAUUGUUUACUUAUUGGACGGCUGAUGGAUAUCGAAGUACUGGAUGCUUCAAUUUAAAUUGUCCAUGCUUUGUUCAAGUCAACAAAAAAAUUGUACUUGGAGGUUCAAUUGCUCCAACUUCUACAUAUAAUGGAAAGCAAUUUGAGAUUAAAUUAACGAUCUGGAAGGAUCCAAAAAGUGGGAAUUGGUGGCUUGGAUUUGGAUCUAUUGUAGUUGGGUACUGGCCAACUUCUAUGUUUCAACAAUUAAAGGGUACUGCACAUGCAGUUCAGUUUGGUGGAGAAGUAACUAAUUUUAAACCAAGAGGAUCUCAUACUUCAACUCAAAUGGGUAGUGGACAUUUUGUUGAAGAGGGUUGGGGAAAAGCUGCAUAUAUUAGGAAUUUGGUAGUUGUAAAUACUGAUCACUUAUUCCAUUCAUUGACAGAACAACCUAAAUUUUUUGUACAACGACCAAAUUGUUAUAAUAUAAAAGGAGGGAAUAAUAAGGAUGUUGGGGGACAAUUCAUUUUAUAUGGUGGACCUGGUAGGAAUAAGAACUGUCCUUGA